AUGAGCGGUGCAACUCGGCCACUCUUAUUGAAAUGCAAAUUUCAUACUGGUCAGUGUAUCUUGGACAACUUGACUAGUGAAUCAACUGUUAACGAUCUGUUAUCAUCUGUCAGUUCGGCGGUCAAAAUCAAUCGUUCUGAAAUCGCCUUAUUUUAUGGCUAUCCUCCUAAGCCCCUAAUUCUUUCGGAUGAAAAUCUGGGGCAGCGUCUCAGUCAAAUACCGCUAAUCUCAGGAGACACUUUGACCGUGGAUGUUAACAAAUCCUCAGUGCUUUCGUCUCACCAUCCGACACCAUCCGGUCGUGUCAUACCGAUUCAGCGAAUUGAACAACCUGCACCCAAAGUAGUGGAUGAAUCCUUGCGCACCCAGAGACCACAUUUACUUCGACUGUCAGCACCGUCUGACAAUUCGUGUCUGUUCACGAGCGUUUUGUUUUGUGUUGAUAAUGCAGACGGCCACCAACCUAUCGGAGCGCAAGUGGUGACUAACAAGGCGGCGGUAGCCCAAAUGCGGGAGCUAAUUGCCAGUAUUGUCAAAAGUGAUCCAGAAAGGUAUUCUGAAGCCUUCCUUGGUAUGCCUAACGAAGUUUAUUCCCAUCAAAUACAAGAACCGGAUCGAUGGGGAGGUGGAAUUGAAGUGGCCAUUCUGUCGCAACUUCACGAACUAGAAAUCUGUCUGGUCGAUAUUCAGUCCUGUCGCAUUGACCGUUUUGGAGAGGAUAAACGUUAUAGUCAACGUAUCCUAUUAAUGUAUGAUGGUAUCCACUACGACCCCAUGGCUAUGGCUCGGCCGGAUAUUAAUCGAUUGAUCACCGUCUUUUCCACUAAGAAUGAUGAGGUAUGUGUCCAGAUGGUGUUUUGCGUUUUGGAAUUGAGCUUUCUUAUGCAUGAUUUUAUGGACACUGAAUGUCGAUACUUCACGGUGUGGUUCAUUAUCGAAAUACGUGUGCAUUUUACUUACCCACAUAGAAGCCUGAAUUGA